AUGCCUCCUCCACGGCUCUCACUCGCUCUUAUACGAGCGCCAGCUCAAAUCAGGCUCCAAUGUAUCCGCCGCAUCGCACCCUUCCGCUACGCAUCCACCGCACCCACGCAUGAAGCCUCAACACCCGUCGUACCAUGGAAGACACCGACAAGCGUCUGGUCGCCCGAGAACCUAAUCCCUCCGCCCAAAGAUGGCGAAGUCCUUAUGGAGCGCAAGCCAAAUCGCGAAUUACCACCGAUACCCCCCCUCAUACCCACUCAAGUCCGCAACACACUCCCCAUAUUCGUAAUAGCAAUGGCAAUCUCCCUCCUCGCCUUCUUCAACUACCAAAAAACCGAGUCGAGCGUAGUAUCUUCGACGCUCUACGCCCUGCGCACCAACCCGCUCGUGCGCGAACAACUGGGCGACGAAAUCUACUUUGCGAGCAAGCACCCGUGGAUCAGUGGCGAGAUCAAUCAAGUACAUGGGCGCAUCAAUAUCAGUUUCUGGGUCAAGGGGACCAAGGCGGUGGGGCAAGUGAAGCUGAGGUGUCGCCGACGGGGGAAGGGUGGGUUUUACUUCACGCAGGAGUAUAGUUUGACCGUGUUGGAUCCGGAGGCCGAGGGCGGGGAGAGGAGGCUGGAGUUGUAUGAUCCGAAUGGCAAUGCGAUUGAUCCGUUUCAGGAUCCGAUUGGAGACGAGUGAACUAGAGGAGACGAAGGAGGGGUUGUAGCACUUCUUCGAGUGUAUAGGAAAGGGCAUUCUGGCAAUCGCAGGUCGGAAGAGCCUUGCUAGACCUAUGCGGAGCCCCAUGGACUCGUCAUGUAACAUAUGUAUAUAUCUGUGCACCAGCGCAUCAUGUACAACAACACCACUAUGCAUUUAGAGACGGUCAAGAACGGCAUGAAAACUUAAAGCUGUGGAAUAUGUAUAUACUCAUCACAAACGAGAGAUAUAAGGCGCAUCAUUACGCGACUCGUGACAGUUCCAUCUUUUUCAUCGCAUCAGUAAGCCGUGAUACGUGUCGAAUACAUGAUAAAACGCCGGUGCCAUUGGUAGCAAUAUGCCGCAGUCAAACAAUAAGGAAAAUGGUAUCAUAAAGUGUUUAAACACGCGCUCCAUUCAUCCUCACCCACACACACAAACGCCAGCUAGACGUUUUAAAUCUUGUCGUAAUCUGCCUCUGGCCUCCUC